CAGCAGUCGAUACAGUUCGUUAUGACAGGUUGUAAGGUGAUAGUAACUAUCUAAAUAGUGAUUGAAGAAUGAAAAUGAUGACCGUUUUGCACUUCUACGAGUGAUUUCACGUCUUGGUUAGUAUCGGUUCACCGCGAGUAACUGCUACAACUGUAACCGUCUUAAACUGGUUUUGACUACAGUUGCCUAGGUCGUUAGUGGCUGUCCCAAAUAUUUUUGUAAAACUAAACCUGUAUAUAACUAGAACUGUUCGAUUCGACCAUGGUGGAGGUUUUUGUUGGGAAAACUCUGCUCAAUAAAGAAGGGGAUCUUAUUGAUCCAGAGGAAACUCUCAGGAAUAAAGUAGUAGGAAUAUAUUUUUCUGCCGGCUGGUGCCCGCCUUGUCGAGAUUUCACCCCUAGUCUAUGCGAUUUUUACACGGAACUUGUCUAGGAGAGCGAGCCACCUGCACAGUUCGAAAUAGUUUUCAUAUCUUCUGACAAGUCAAGUGAUGAUAUGGUGGAAUAUUAUCAUGACAUGCACGGAGACUGGCUGGCCCUGCCAUGGACGGAUCAAUACAAACAUGAUCUCAAGAACAGGUACAAAAUCACAGCAGUCCCCAAGCUGGUGAUUGUGAAGGAGAAUGGAGAUGUGAUCACAGACAAAGGCAGGAAACAGAUCCGGGACCAGGGCCUGGCCUGCUUCAGGAGCUGGCUUGAGGUGGCCGAAGUCUUCCAGAACUUUAAAGCUUCCUAGACAUUCUAAAAUACAUCAUUCGACAUUCUAGAGCACCUUCCUGCUCCUAACCCAUAGACUGUUCUUAUCUAGCUGUCUAUUCUAAACUUCUGCACUACAACGCAAUACUGUCUAUAUUCUAAACUUCUGCACUACAAUGUAAUACUGUCUAUAUUCUAAACUUCUCCACUACAAUGUAAUACUGUCUAUAUUCUAAACUUCUGCACUACAAUGUAAUACUGUCUAUAUUCUAAACUUCUCCACUACAAUGUAAUACUGUCUAUAUUCUAAACUUCUCCACUACAAUGUAAUACUGUCUAUAUUCUAAACUUCUCCACUACAAUGUAAUACUGUCUAUAUUCUAAACUUCUCCACUACAAUGUAAUAAUGUCUAUAUUCUAAACUUCUGCACUACAAUGUAAUACUGUCUAUAUUCUAAACUUCUGCACUACAACGCAAUACUGUCUAUAUUCUAAACUUCUGCACUACAAUGUAAUACUGUCUAUAUUCUAAACUUCUCCACUACAAUGUAAUACUGUCUAUAUUCUAAACUUCUCCACUACAAUGUAAUACUGUCUAUAUUCUAAACUUCUCCACUACAAUGUAAUAAUGUCUAUAUUCUAAACUUCUGCACUACAAUGUAAUACUGUCUAUAUUCUAAACUUCUGCACUACAAUGUAAUACUGUCUAUAUUCUAAACUUCUCCACUACAAUGUAAUAAUGUCUAUAUUCUAAACUUCUGCACUACAAUGUAAUACUGUCUAUAUUCUAAACUUCUGCACUACAAUGUAAUACUGUCUAUAUUCUAAACUUCUACACUACAAUGACAAUAUGUCUUUUUUUCUAAUGAAUAGACAUGAGUGGCUUAUAUUUUCAGAAUACAUAUUUUGAGGCGUUUGGCAAUUUUUUAUAUUUUGUUUUAUAUGACUUAAAAUGCACAAUAAGGAAUAAAUCCUUUGCUGUCUGUU